AAAAAAUGUCUUUGCAAAGAGCAGACCUGUGGGAUCAACGGAGUUUCAAAAGCUGCGACAUUCUUCUUGAGGGCGGCGAAGGGUGCCUGUUUCCAGUCCACUCUCAGGUCAUCUCCUCAUCAUGCCCUUAUUUCGAAAUGGCCCUUUGGGCUCGAAGCCAAGUAGAAGAUGAGUUGCCGCUUUUGGAAGGCAUUGAUCGGCAAACGGAGAUCCAGGGCCGCAAGGUGGUGCGAAUGCCCGGUUUCAAACCGGCCACCGUUUCCCAACUUUUGAAGUACAUCUACACAGCGAACGUUGAUCUGAAUCCGUUUAACAUGGUUGAAGUGUACCUGGGCGCUGACUUUCUCUGCUUGGACAAGUUGGAACAACUCUGCCUUGCCUUCUUCACAGAAAACCUCAAUCUGUCCUCCAGCAUUGCUGUUGUACAGACGGAAAACAAGCCGUUGCCAAGUUUUAAACUUGAGCAAAUCGGCUGGAACCAUCUGCUAGCAAAUGUGAUUAAAAUGAGCAAUGAUGAGAAUUUGAGAGCCAUGACCACCAAGACAUUGACCCAAUUGGUAGAGAGUGAUGAGCUAAAUGCUACCCGCGAGGAGUCCGUCUGGACCCUGAUCGUCCGCUGGGCCAGCUGCGACCCGGAGGAGCGCGCCAAGAACGUGCCUUUGCUGGCAUUGAAACUUCGCAUCGGAGCAUUGCCUUUCAAUUUUGUUGCUUAUGAGAUUGCGGAGCACCAAUUGAUGGCGUCAAACAACUCUGCUGCUAAUGAAAUCCGACUGCGAAAUCUGGAGACUAACGCUAUGAUUUCGGUUCGGACCAACAAUCAAGGCUCGUUGACAGGGCCAGUCCCCGCAUUCAUGAAGGCCAGGCUUCCUCACUCUUUGAUCCUGCUGAUGGGAGGCAGAAUCUCUACUGCAGAUGCUAUCAACACCACCACUGACACAGUGCUGAUUUUCGAUAUUCACACGCAGAAGUGGUUUGAGCCAAAGGUGGAGUUGAGAGUCCCGAUGGACGAAGAAAACUUCAGGCGCUUGGCCAUGCACAAAUUAGCUUUCCUUGGCAAAGACCUGUACGUACUUGGAGGGGCUGACCUCGGCAUUCCGAGCACCAAAUGCAGCAAAUUAAACCUGGAAACUUUAGAGUGGAGUGACAUUAAAAGCUUCCAUCACCAGAGGAUCAGCAUGGGUGCGACGGCCGUGGACAAUCGCCUCAUGGUGGCUGGCUCUGGCUUCUUUCAAAGCACUAACCUCGUCGAAUUCUACGACCCGGCCAGCGACACCUGGUCAGUCGGACCUAGCCUGGCGCAUCCGCGCAGCUCCGCAGGGAUGGUCACGGUCAGCCAGUGCGUCUACCUGGUUGGCGGCGUCGAGGGCUUCCGCACGCUGGACAGCGUCGAAAAGUUUGACCUCCAGAAGCAAAAGUGGAUCCCUGUGGCUUCGUUGAAUGAACCGAGACGAGCUGCCGCGUGUGUGGAGUGUCACGGUUUUAUUUUUAUAUUUGGUGGCUUGGAGGGCACUCGCUAUUUGCGAACUGUAGAGCGCUAUGACCCUGUAAACGAUGCUUGGUCUUUUGUUUCCCCAAUGCCCAGCGCCAAGAGCCAAAUGGCCUGUGCCAUAAUCGGAGAAUGCAUUUACCUCAUCGGUGGCGUCUCUUACUUGGGAAAUGUGAAAUGUGUUGACGUGUACCACGUUUUGGAGGAUAGAUGGACUAGGGGUGUGAGCCUGCCGGUGCCGAGGGCAGCCGCAGCCGCUGCCACCAUUUGUGGAUUAGACGUUUGCUCCAAGCUGGUGGGUCGUCAGGCGAGGGAUGCACCUGUCCUCAGAAUUGCCUGCGAUGAUGAGCGAGCAAGCGAUCCCGAACUAUCAGAGACAUUCGGCAUAGAGGAUUAUUCCAGCUCAGAGGAUUCCCUUUUUGACGAAGAAAACUUGGUCUUCUUUUAUUGGGACAGUUUAAGUGAAGAUGAUGACGAGGAAGAAGAAUAUUACAUUGAAAAUGAAGUAUUUGUAAAUCAUGAUCAACAUGAAGAUGAUUCCGAAUCGUCUAACAGUCAGGAAAACAACGAAAACAGCGGUGGGGACAGUGAUAACGAUAUGUCUCUCUUGCUCCUCUUUGGCUUGGAUUGA